AUGAUUGCUCGCACCAGCGCCGCGCUGCGGACAGCACCCAGCGCGCCGCCCCCAGCCCAACGGCGGCAGCGCCUGGGGCAGCGGUGCAGCGCCGAGGCGCCUGGCGGCCCACCGCUGACCCCUGCUCAGCAGCAGAUCCGGGAAGCAAUGCAGGCACGCAUCAGCAAGGCGCGAGAGUACAAGAAGGGCGGUCAGGGACAGCCGCCUGCCACCGGUGCUGCAGGCGCGAUUCCCGUGCCACAGCCGCCGCCGCCAGCAGCAGCAGCAGCAGCAGCAGCAGGAGCACCCCCGGCUCCCCCGCCAGCCAGCGGCCAGGACGUGGAGCAGGCGUUUGACCAGGCAGCACAGCAGUUGGCAGCCAAGGAGGAGGCGAAGUUCCUGCAGGCCGUCUCCGAAACGAGCCCCAGCAGCAGCAGCAGCAGCGGUGGCACCGCCAGCAGCAGCAGCAGCAGCGGUGGCACGUCUGAGGCCGCUGCCAGCCGGGAGGCUAUGCUUGCCCGCAUCGCAGCGGCACGCAGCUACAAGCAGCAGCCUGGAAGCGGCAGCCCUCCUGCCACCAGCCCCGCUGCCACAGCCAGCCCGGCCUCUGUGUUCCCUGCCGCCCCCCGCGGCACUGCCUCGCCGCAGGCGCAGCCGGCUCCGGAGCAGCAGCAGCAGCUGCAGCAGCAGCAGGAUGAGGCGGAGCAGCAGCGCUCGUUCCGCACCGGCGGCGGCGGCGCAGUCCAGGCAGCCAACUGGCUGCGCUUUGCGGAGAAGCCUGACCGCGGCGACGGCGGCGCCGCCAUCGACCAAAACCUCAGCGCCGAGCAGUUUACUCUGGCCAAGGAGGCUCAAAAGAAGCAGCAGCGGGUGGAGAUCAUUACGGCGGACGCCUCGUGGGCGGCGCAGGCUCGGCAGGACAGGGCAGCGCAGCAGGGGCAGCCGGGUGGGGAGGCCGGCGGCUCGGUGAUUGAGGAGGAGAAGGGUGAAGACUUGCACAAGCCCAAAGUGGCGACUUGGGGGGUGUUCCCCCGCCCCCGCAACAUCUCAGAGGCGUACGGCGGCGGGCGCACCCUGCGGCCGGGGCAGGCGCUGGAGCCGCAGGAGCAGGCUGUGGAGCGGGAGGAGCGCAUCAAGAGGAGCAUGCAGGAGUAUCGCAAGUCGCUGGGGCUGGAUGUGGACCCAGAGGUGGAGGCGCAGGCGCAGGCGCUGUGCGACGAGGGCACCGCCCUGUUUGACCAAGGCCUGAUCAGCCUUGCGCUGCCCAAGUUUGCCGCCGCCUCCGAGCUGAUGGCGCUGCGGUCGCGGCUGGGGGGCGAGGCCCGCCUGCAGCAGGCCAUCUGCCUGGACUCGCUGGGGCAGAACCAGGAGGCGUAUGACAUCUACAAAAACAUACAGACCCACCCUGCUCCCGGGGUGGCCAAGAAGGCCAAGCGCAUGCUGUUUGGCUGGAAGGCUGCGGAGAGUCUGAAGACGAAGAACCUGAGCUACCAGCCCAGCACGGAUCAGUGGAGGCGCUACUUCGAUGCGGUCAAUCAAAACGCGGCGUAUGCGCCGCCCCCGGUCCGAAGCGGCGAGGAAGAGGAGGAGGGCAGCGGAUUUCUGCUGGCCGCCGUUGCUGUGCUGGUAGUGAUACUCCUGCCGGCCGUUCUAUCAACGCUGUUGGCCACCGCGGGCCAAGCGGCCGCACAGACAUGCCCGUCGGCGCCCUGGAGGAGCCUGCCGCUGGCCACCAGGCCAGCCCCGCUGGCGCAGCUGGACUUGGGCAACUGGCAGGGGUACAUCAAGAGUUCGCUGGUGCCUCAUGUGGUGGGCGCGGGCGUGGCUCUCAUCCUCUCCCUCAUCCUCCUCCUCUCCUUCCUGGCCUGGCGCCUGGUCAAGCUGUGCUCCUGCUGCGAGUGCGUGCGCGGGCCGCAGCGGGAGGGCAAGAAGGCGCGCAAGCUGCUGACGGGGAGCGGCGCGCGGUGGGUCAAGGCCGCCGUGCUGCUGCUGGCGGCGGGCGUGCUGGCGGGCGGCAUCUACGGCGAGACGCAGGUGCAAGCGGUGAUGGUGGAUGCGGGUCUGGCCGCCAUCACAACCGUCACUGACUACAUAGAGGCGGCCCUGGCGGCCGGCGCUGCCACUGUGGCAGCCACCCAGGCCAUGGAUGCCCAGCUGCUGGUUGUGAAGGACGGCCUGACUGGGCUGGGGCCCAUGGCGGCCGGCCUGGCCAUCGACGACACCCAUUCCUCGCUUUCCUCCUUCACCUCCUUUGAUACCGACCUGGCCACCAUUCGCUCCAACACCGUGGACAGAGUCAACACUGCAAUCGAUGACCACUCGCCCAUCGCCCGCACCGCAGACAAGUGGCGUGGCAUCGGCCUCUACAUCGCCUACGGCGUGCUGGCAGGGCUGGCGGUGGUGGCCGCCUUUGCGAUGCUGGUGGACUGGCCCGCCGCCGCCAAGCCCCUCAUCCUGCUCUUCCUCAUCCUCAUGCUACUGGUCUGGAUCUUCGUGGUGGCCCUCACAGCGGUGCUCAGGGUGGGCAAUGACGUGUGCGUGAAUGUGGAGGACAAGCUCAUGGAAGCGGUGUCCGGCUCCGGCUCCUUCAGCCUCGGCAGCGGCGGCUCAGGCAAGCCCCGCAGGCUCACCAGGGCGGCGGCCACGCUUGCAUGGACAGCAGCAGGCGCGGCUGCCGCCCUGGUGCAAUACUACCUGUUUGGUACUGGUGGUACCGUGCUGACCGUGCUCAAUAGUACCAUGGGCAUCGACGUGGACGCCAGCCUGGCCACCGCCAAUGCCACGCUCAUCGACCUGCAGGCAAGCUUUCCCUUUUCGGCUGCUGGAGCAGUGAUCUGCUACCGGCUGUUUGCGGGCCGAGCCGCCAUCGAUGGCAACCCCGCCCUGGCUGCCGUCUCUGGCGACUUUGGUGCCGUUGCGGCGCUGUUUGCCAACGUGUCUGCCAGCGUGGAUGCUCUGGAGGUGGCGCUGUCAUACUCAACUUUCCACCCGGUGUGGGUGGGGCUCAAGUCCUACCUCUGCUGCGACCUGCUCAACUCUGUGGGGUCCACGUGGACCUCCCUCAUCGUCACAGCCUCCUUCGGGCUGGCCCUCCUCAUCGCCGCAUUCAUCUGGAUCGGCCGGAUGGACAAGCUGCAUUCCCUGGGCUGCUGCCACAUCUACUCCGCGCGGGACUACUCUCUGGAGGGGGAGGGCCGCGGGGACAAGGGUGGUACCGCCGGCGCAGACGGCGCCCUGCUGGCGGCAAAGAAGAAGGAGGGGCUGGCGCCCAUCUCGGUGCCGCAGUCGCCCAUCAUGGCCAGGUGUGCUGUGUGGAAAGAAGGCUACUUCCCGCCCCCCUCGCCCUCCGGCGCGAGCACCAAAGCGCGCCUGACCCCUCCCCAGUUCCACUCCGUGGCCACCGGCGAGCCCGUUGCCGCCGCGGUCGCGGCUGCAGGCACCUCUCUGUACCCGCCGGUGCAUGGAGAGCCGCCAUCCCCGUCGCACGGCGCCUCCCAGCCGCCCCCACCCCCUGCUGUGGCCAUACCGGGCAGUGGCUCCUACCCCACCAGCCCUACAGGGUCCUUUGUGGCGCCCAACGAGGCAGAGCUGCGUGCGGAGGCGCAGCGUGCGGCGCAGCUGGCGGGACGGGCCUUCUCAAUGGCCACCCAGGCGCAAAACCUGCUGGAGUGCAUUGCCCGCACCUCGAGUGGCAUGUCUCAGGGGGGGCGGCUGUCCAACCUGUCGUCGCCGCAUGCUGGGGCGGUGCCCAGCAGCCCGCCCAGCUGGACCGCGCCGCCUCCGCACUUCUCCAACACGUGA